UACGGCAAGAGAAGAAGAAGAAGCACGUAGCAGAGCGAAAAGAAACACAUGUUCGCGCAAAAUCGAUGAAUAAACUUUAAAGGGGAAAACUGAAAACGGAAAAGUGCAGCGUGCUCAACUACUAAUUAAAAUACAUCAUACAUUGUUUCCGAAAUAUUACGAAGAAAGGUGUCCUGUAAGAGCCAGGACUCCUGAGAAAAUGGGUAUUACGGAAACUGCAGCCACAACCACAACAACAACCGGAAUGGGAGCGGCAAAUGCCGUGGAGGGCAAACAAAUCCUUUCGCUCGAGGCGUUCCAGGACAUCUUCAAGCGCGUGGAACCGGAAGUGCAGAUCGAUGCCUUUGAGCUUACCCAGGGCUCCGACCGGGGUGACAACUAUACGGCCGCCUUGUAUCGCAUAAAGCUCACCGGAACUCGACGGAGUCUCAAGUGGGAACAGAACGUCAUCUGCAAGGUGAUGCCGGAGAGCCUGGUCGCCCGGGAGGCCUACAAGAGCGACAAGCUCUUCCGCAACGAGGUGGAGUUCUACACCACCAUCAUGCCGGAGCUGCUCAAGUUCCAGGCCAGCAAAACGGACCAGGGUGCUCCUGUGUUCGAUGCCAUCCCCAAAUGCUAUUCGGCCAGGCAUGAUCUCCUCAUAAUGGAGGACCUUCGCGAACGUGGCUUCCAGAUGUCCGACCGCCACAAAGGCCUCAGUCUGGAGGAGACGCAGUCCGUCCUGCUGCAGGUGGCCCAGCUGCACGGCCUCAGUUUGGCUUAUAAAUUCGAGAAUCCGCUGGAGUUUAGCAAGCUGUGCAGCGUAAUAAGCGAGGGCAUCUUCUGCACGGCCAACACGAGUUGGUAUCGAAACUACUACGAGCGCCUAACCAAGAACGCCAUUCAGAUGGUGUCCGAAGUGCUGCCGGCGGACUCCAAAUAUGUCCUGGCCAUUAGCAAUUUUGCCGAGAGCUCCUCCUUCUUCGCCCGAAUGGUGCAGUUGGCCAGCGCUGAGUCGCCGCUUUCGGCCAUUUGCCACGGAGACUGUUGGGUGAACAAUUUUCUGUACCACUACGAUCCGGAGGAUCCGCAAAGGGUACUCGAAGUGGCCCUGCUCGACUUCCAGCUGAUACGCUACAGCUCCAUUGCCCUGGACAUUGCCAAUCUGAUAUACUGCUGCACCACCAAGGAGAUGCGGGAUGCCCAGCUGCAGACUCUGCUCAAGACCUACACAGAGGAGCUCUUCCGAUGGCUGCAAAUCCUGUGCACAAACCUGCCGGACCACUGCGAUACCUUGGAGAAGCUGCAGGAUCUUUUUGCCGAGGAGCUGAAGACCUACGGACGCUUUGCUCUGGGCCUGGCCAUGGAUAUCCUUCCCAUUAGCACCUGCUCCUCGGAGGAUGCCCCGGAUAUGUACUUGAAACGCAGCGACGAUCACGAGGAGGAUGUGGGCGCGCCCACUCUCAACUUUCCACCUAACGACCUGUGCCGCCAGAAGAUGUCCGAGAUAGUCAUCGAUAUGGUGGAUCGGGACAUGCUCUAGGCCGGAAUGCUGUGGAAAUGGAAAGCUUGCUGUCUGCCCAAAACACCAAUUACCAAUAAUAUACUAGCUCAGAUAGCCUGCUCCAGUUGAUUCUCACUUGACCCUUAGUUAUAUGCAAGUUAGUAAAUAUUACCAUUAGCUUAGCCAGACUUUGUACGUUUAGGGUACCACCGCUAUCUUUAUGUUAUGUUUCUAUAUAGCAGGAAAUUCCUGGGCCCUGUGUAGUCAGAGUUAACACUUGCCCGUACGAUAAAUCUAUUCUUUUGUAAGUUUUUAAUAAUUUCAGCAAACCAAAAAAUGCCAAAAUAGUUUUUAAUUAUAAUUUCCCUUUUAUUAUGUUUCCUAUAUUCAAUUUCUAAUCCCCGUUUUCGAAUUACGAACGAACUAUGCAAAAUACGUUAAUAUUAUCGAAAUGGAAUUGGGCACAGGGCCUUAAAAUUCAACA